AUGGCUUCAGGACGUCUCGACGGUAAGGUGGCCAUUAUCACCGGCGCCGCCUCAGGAUUUGGCAAAGGCAUCGCCAUCAAAUUCGUCAAGGAGGGCUGCAAGGUCCUCAUUGCAGACCUCUCGGAAGAUGCCGGUCAGGCAGCUGCGCAAGAGCUUGGUUGCAACUUCAAGAGAGGCGAUGUCACCAAGAAGGCAGACUGGGAAGACCUCCUGAGCGAGGCCCUUCGUUUGUUCGGACAGCUGGACAUUGUGGUCAACAAUGCCGGCGCGACAUACGCCAACAAGCCGACCGAGGAUGUGACGGAGAGCGAGUUCGACCUAGUCAUGAACGUUAAUGUCAAGUCCAUCUUCAUGUCGACGGCGGUUCUCUUGCCAUAUUUCCUCAAGGAGGACCGUCCCGGAUCCUUCAUUCAGGUGGCAUCGACCGCGGCGAUUCGACCGCGGCCAAGACUGACUUGGUACAACGCAUCCAAGGCCGCCGUGGUCAAUGCGACAAAGACUCUGGCUGUCGAGUAUGGACCAAAACAGAUUCGAUUCAACGCAGUCUCCCCCGUCGUUGGGAGCACUGGCAUGACGCACUUGUUCUUGGGCAAAGCCGACACGCCUGAGAAUCGUGAGGCGUUUGUAGCUACGGUCCCUCUUGGGCGACCGUCCACGCCGGCAGAUGUUGCGAAUACCUGCUGCUAUCUCGCAAGUGACGAGGCAGCUUUUAUCACAGGGACCAACAUUGAGGUUGAUGGCGGGCGAUGCGUGUAA